CCAUCUAAAUUAUCUGCUCAAACGUCAGAGUAGGAGUCCAUCUUAAUCAUACAGACCCUCUUCUCACCCACAAUAACUUUGAGUUUGCCUCAAGAAAUUCUUCAUCAGAGAUAUAUAUAAGGUCUUCGCCCUUAAUCAAUGAUUACGUACUGUUGUUAUAAUUCAAAGAUCAGAAUGGAAAAGAUAAUUAGUAUUGUUGUGCCAUUGCUUUGUGCCUUGAUGGUUUGUUGUGAAUCAAUUGAAAGAGGUUUCAGAGUUGAUCUAACUCAUGUUGAUUCAAUGGGGAACUUCACAAAGCUCCAACUCCUCCAACGUGCAGCACUAAGGAGCAAGCAUAGGAUGUCAAGAUUGGUUGCCAAAGCUGCAGCCUUAUCUAGCACAGACACAAGCAAGUCAUUCAAAUCACCCGUGCAUGCAGGUAAUGGUGAGUUUCUCAUGGAUCUAAGUAUAGGCACCCCAAGCUCCCCAUUUUUAGCCAUCCUUGACACUGGUAGUGACCUUAUAUGGACUCAAUGUAAACCUUGUGUUCAAUGUUUUCAACAACCAACUCCUAUAUUUGAUCCGUCCAAGUCCUCCACAUACUCUAAACUUGCAUGUUCAAGCAAUCUUUGCGAAGCCCUUCCCACAUCUUCAUGCAAAUCUGACUGUGAAUACCUCUAUACAUAUGGUGAUUCAUCAUCGACACAAGGAGUUUUAGCAAGCGAAACCUUCACCUUUGGCUCAUCAGGUGCGUCAGUUUCGAACAUCGGUUUCGGCUGUGGUGAUAGUAAUCAAGGCAGUGGUUUUUCACAGGCUUCAGGCCUUGUAGGACUUGGCCGGGGUCCAUUAUCUCUGAUAUCACAACUUGAGCUUGGAAAGUUCUCCUAUUGCCUUACCUCGCUUGAUGAUUCUAAGAAAAGCCCGCUACUUUUUGGAUCAGAUGCAGAACUAAAAGGAAGUGCACCUCAAUCAACACCACUAGCAAUAAAUCCUUCACAACCAUCCUUCUACUAUCUAACCCUAAAAGGAAUAACUGUUGGUGGAACCCUUCUAAAGAUUCCAAGCAGUACAUUUGCACUAAAUAGUGACGGGACUGGUGGAUUGAUCAUAGACUCAGGGACUUCCAUCACUUACUUAGAAGAAGCAGGAUAUAAACAAGUGAAGAAGGCUUUUAUCUCUCAAGUGAAACUCCCAGUAGCUGAUGGCUCAGAUGUGGGUCUUGAUCUCUGUUUCUCUUUGCCUUCUGAUACAUCAUCUGUGGAGGUUCCAAAGCUGGUUUUCCAUUUUGAUGGUGCUGAUCUAGACUUGCCAGGGGACAACUACAUGGUUCUUGAUUCUAGCACAGGCUUGCUGUGCUUGACAGUAAUGGAAUCAAAUGGAUUGUCCAUCUUGGGAAACUUUCAGCAGCAGAAUAUUCAGAUACUUUAUGAUCUGGACAAUGAAAAGUUGUCUUUUGUUUCAGCACAAUGCGAUCAGCUGUGAUUUUUCCCCCCUGUUAUUUCUUUGUUAUCUCGUUUGCUUUUCUUCCUGCUUGUGCAUAAUUAAUGACUGUGUUGUAUAACUGAUUUAGAUUGUGAUGAGAUUUUUUUUUUUUUUCAUUUACGAUAGUGAAGAAAUAAGAUGUUGAGAACAUUACGAUUCUAUUGAAGUUCUCAUCCA